ACACACUCUCUCCCUUUAUCUCUCUCACUCCCUCCUCACAUACACACACUCUCUCUCACUCCCUCCUCACAUACACACACACUCUCUCUCCCUUUAUCUCUCUCACUCCCUCCUCACAUACACACUCUGUCUUUCUCUACCUGUGACUAUAUCUCUGGUUUGGAACUUUCCCUUUAAAUAUCCCCCCGAACGGAAAAUAACGGUAGUAAGUUGCCUGCUACGGUCCGGGUAUCUGACUUCUCGACCACCAGUGAAUUGACGUUCAGUCAGACAGGUGCGCGUGCCUUGCGAUGAGAACGCUGUUGAUAUCUCUCCUCUGCGUCCUCAGCGGGGUGGAGGAGACCUUGGCCGUACCUUCCACGAGAGAGUUCUAUAUCGCCGCGGUUGAGAUCGGUUGGGACUAUCUCUAUUGGGGCAGCGCUGACCCCGUAUCAGAACAAAGGAGGAGGACCAAGGAACCCCCUCAGAAAUACAUAAAAGCUGUUUAUAGAGAAUACACUGAUUCCACAUAUUCAGUCCCCAAGCCUACACCAACAUGGGCAGGUAUCCAGGGUCCGGUGAUCCAUGCCCAGGCCAGUGACAGGGUGGUGGUGCACUUUAAGAACCUGGCGUCCCAGCCCUACAGUAUCAGCCCUGUGGGGGUCAGCUACUGGAAACAGUCUGAGGGGGCCGGAUACGAUGACGCCACGUCAAGCCAGGAGAAGGAGGAUGAUGCUGUUGCUCCAGGAGGAUACUACAAGUACAUCUGGGACAUCAAUCCUAAUGACGGUCCGACCUUGGGAGACCCAGAAUGCCUCACCUACUCCUACUCCUCCCAGGUGGACACUGUACAGGACUUCAACUCUGGGCUCAUCGGGGCUCUGCUCAUCUGCAAAUCAACUGCAUUUACAGAUAAUGGAGUUCGGAAAAGCAGAGAGUUUAUUCUGCUCUUUGCUGUUUUCGAUGAGAGUAAGAGCUGGUACGGAGAGGUGGGGAGUUUCCGGGAAAGAUUUAAGAAGGCCAGUGCAAGAAAACAGUACCACACUAUCAAUGGAUACGUCAACUCAACUUUACCAGGUCUGACGAUGUGCCAGGGACGAGACCAUGUGUUCUGGCAUCUCAUUGGAAUGGAAACGUCUCCAGAGAUCCACUCUAUACAGUUUCAGGAUCACACUCUGCAGGUGAUGGCCCACCGUAAGGUUACUGUGGAGAUGACCCCUAUGACCUUUACCACGGCGGAGAUGAAGCCCAGCACUCAGGGGAAGUUCCUCAUCAGCUGUCAGAUCCAAGAACACCGCCACGCGGGUAUGAGUGCAUUCUUUAAGGUAGAGGACUGCCCAGAGCCUGUGACGGUGCCCGGUCCUGACGUGCGUCAGGUCCAGCAGUCUGAGGAUAAGGAGGACUAUGAAUAUGGAGAUGACAUGUUUGAGACCUUUGUGUUUAAGCCUGGGAAAGAUCAGGCUGUGGGGCGCUCCCGAGGGGGGAAGAUCAAAAUCUGGGUCCAUUACAUCGCUGCUGAGGAGAUCAUCUGGGAUUAUGCACCCCACCUCAGCCAGGGAGACAGUCCACUGUUAUCGGAAUACUUUCCCAGGGGGCCUCAUCAGCUGGGUCAUGAAUAUAAGAAGGUGGUGUAUGUAGAAUACACUGACCAGACCUUCACCACGAGGAAAUCACCUGUUAAAAGACUGCUGGGACCACUGCUCAGAGGACAGGUGGACGAACACUUCCAAAUAGUGUUCAAGAACCUGGCAAGUCGUCCUUUCAACAUUUAUCCAAACGGCCUCACCGCGAUUUCUCCACUGCGUAAAACAGGGAAUGAGGGUGAAAAGGACCUUCGCUCACUGGCUGUACCCCCCAAUGGGACAUAUGGGUACAUGUGGAAACUAACAGCAGAGGAUGGGCCCCUGGAGAGAGACCCACAGUGUCUGACCCGUCUGUACCAGAGUACCAUCAACCCUGAGAGAGACGUGGCCACUGGCCUCGUAGGACCCCUCCUCAUCUGCAAGAAGGACUCCAUGGACACCAGGGGGCGGCUGGUGGGCCCAGAUAAAGUGAAGCAGUUGAUGUUCGCUGUGUUUGAUGAAAACAAGAGUUGGAACAUCAAUGACAACAUUCAGAAGUACAGCAGAAACCCCUCCAUGGUCAACCCUACAGACCCUGACUUCUACAACUCCAAUGUCAUCUACAAUGUGAACGGGAUAAUGUUCAACGGGCAGAUGAUCCAGCUGUGUAAGGAUGACGUGACCUUCUGGCACCUGGCCAACGUGGGGACACAGAGCGACUUCCUAUCCGUCUACUUCACAGGAAACCCCUUCAUGAGGGACAACGUGUAUGAGUCCGUUCUCACACUCUUCCCAAUGUCUGGGGAGACUGUUACCAUGGAGACCGAGCUAAUUGGUGAGUGGGAGAUCAGUGCUUUCGACAGUAGCCUGAAGAGCCGUGGCAUGAGCGCCCGCUACUCCGUCCUGUCUUGUAAUAUUGACCUGCUUGUGGACAACGAGGACCUAGAGUACGGCCUAGAGGACGUCCUGCCUGAUUACGUAGACCAGUUUUUCAAACCGAGAUCCCUCCGCCCCCGGCUACAGAACAGGACCGUAGCCAUCAGAGUCUGCAAGAAGCAACCCAGUUUAAACCAGAACACAACAACACCGAAAACAAGAAAUUACACAGAUAACGAAGUCUCCAUCGGAGAAUCUGGGGACCACGGGUCUGAUAACAAUGUCACAUUUAAGGCAGGGGACCAGAGGUCAAUCUGUGAGGUCAGGUAUGUGACCGUGUUGUCUGCUGACGAGGAGGGCAACCUGCUCUCCCAGGGAGGGAUCCCCACAGACGUUCUGAAGCAACUGGAGAAGGACGGAGAGUGGAAGGCUUCAGAGACCCAGGAGGGAGGGGGUCUGGGUGGGGAGCAGGGGGGGAAGAGACAAAGACGCCAGGCCAGGGUAGAAGGAGGAGAGGAUGGGGAGGAGGUAGAGGAGGGAGGUCUGGGUGGGGAGCAGGGGGGGAAUGGAAGACAGAGACGCCAGGCCAGGGUAGAAGGAGGAGAGGAUGGGGAUGGGGAGGAGGUAGAGGAGGGUCUGGGUGGGGAGCAGGGGGGGAAUGGAAGACAGAGACGCCAGGCCAGGGUAGAAGGACGAGAGGAUGGGGAUGGGGAGGAGGUAGAGGAGGGAGGUCUGGGCAGGGAGCAGGGGGGGAAUGGAAGACAGAGACGCCAGGCCAGUUUGGAGGGUGGAGAGAGCAACAAGCUAGCGGAGAACUGUGAGGAGGAGGUGCUGAAGGAGUGGAAGGGUCGGGUAUAUGGGGAGGCGCUGGAGCAGGAGCAGAGAGAAGAGCAGAAGGUGGAGGUGUUGGAUCAGCAGGAGGAGCAGAGACAAAAGGGGGAGUUGGAUCGAGAUUCACAUCCUCUAAGCACAUAUCACACAGAUAAGGACCCUCUACUCUUGGAGUUAGAUGGAUGGAGGGAUCUAGACCCCCUGAAAAACACUUUGAAAGCGCUCCCGGCUCAGCUGAAGGUGCAGCAACAGAGGGAGGAGCAGAAAGCUGGGGAGGUGCAUCCCCUAAACAACAACCCUCACACAGAUCCAGACACCCCUCUACUGGAUUUGUUGGAUCUAGACUUCUCCAAUGUCUCCAAUGACAAUGAGACGGCUCCCAGGAACGCAGUGUCUCUGGAGUAUGAUGACUAUAGUGAGAAGGACACUGGGACAACCUACAUGGGGACAGAGGACAACCUGGACCUGAGGACCACAGAUGGACAUUACCGCAGCUACUACAUCGCUGCACAGGAGAUCACAUGGGACUAUGGGAUCAGGAAACCACAUCAGCUCAUAAAAACAAGAGAGAGGCGUAGGGGAAUGAGGAAGUUCCUGACGGAAUAUAAGAAGGUGGUGUUCAGGGCCUACAGUGAGAGAGACUUCCAGAUCCCCGUCACCAGAGGAGAGCUGCAGGAACAUCUUGGACUCAUGGGUCCUAUCAUUAAAGCAGAGAUCAACGACCUCCUUACCGUGACCUUCAAGAACAUGGCGUCCAGGCCGUACUCCCUGCACCUCCAUGGAGUGUAUGAUAAGACCCAGGGUGAUGGAUGGACCCAGACCCAGUGGGGGUCCUCCAGGGCUGGGGUGGCGGGGGUCCCUGGGGAGGCGGUCCAGCCUGGGGAGGUCAGGGUCUACACCUGGAGGAUCACCAGGAAGCAGGGGCCCACCGCUGCAGAGUUUGACUGUAAGGCCGGGGCCUACUACUCUACACAGAAUAAGGUGAAGGACCUCCACUCCGGUCUGAUUGGCCCCUUAGUAAUCUGUAAACCAGGCACCCUCCACCCCCAACUAAACCUACAGCCCAACCUACAGGAGUACGCCCUCCUCUUCCACACCUUCGACGAGACCAAGAGCUGGUACCUGGACGAGAACAUCCGUCAGUACUGCAUCCCGCCCUGCCAGGCCCGGAGAGAUGACCCCUGGUUUCAGCUCAGCAACAAGUUUGCAGCGAUAAACGGCUACGUGGCAGAGACACUUCCUGGUCUGAUGGUUGGCCAGCACCAGCAAGUCAGGUGGCACCUGCUGAACGUCGGGGACGACGGGGAGUAUCACACCGCCCACUUCCACGGUCUGCCCUUCAGCAUUCACAAGGAGCAGGAGCAUCGCAUGGGGGUGUACAACCUCUAUCCUGGUGUGUUUGGCACAGUGGAGAUGAGGCCGGCCACAGUGGGGACCUGGAUGGUGGAGUGUACAGUAGGAGAGCACCAGCUAGCCGGCAUGAGGGCUAAACUACUGGUCUACAACCCACGAUGCAUCCAGCCUCUGGGGUUGAGGUCAGGAAGAAUAGACGAUUCCCAGAUCACGGCAUCAGACCACAUAGGUAACUGGGAGGCCAGGCUGGCGAGGCUGGAGCUAUCUGGUUCUGUCAACGCCUGGAUGGGCACGAAUCAGAAAUCAUGGAUCCAGGUGGACCUCCAGAGACCCACUCUGCUCCAUGGGAUUCAGACCCAGGGUGCCAGAGCCUCUCUGGGCCUGAAGGACUACUUCAUCGUGCACUUCACCCUCUCCUACAGCCUAGACCAGGAGACCUGGACUAACUACAGGGGGAACAGCACCACGCCAUCUUAUAUAUUUAACGGUAACCUGGAUGGCUCAAAGGUGAAGGAGAACCAUCUGUUUCCCCCAAUCCUCGGGCGCUACAUCAGACUGCAGCCUGUCACCAUCCAGAGGAACCCUGCUCUUCGCAUGGAGCUACUGGGCUGUGACCUCAACAGCUGCUCCUUCCCCCUGGGUCUCCAGAGGAGGUUGGUCCCAGACAGCAGUUUCCGAGCCUCCUCCUUCCUGCAGACCUGGAGGCUCUCUUGGAGCCCCGCCCUCGCACGCCUCCGCCAGGACGGCAGCGCCAACGCAUGGCGCCCCAAGGUCAAUAACCCCCAUGAGUGGCUGCAGGUGGACUUCCUGGUUAUGAAACGCAUCACAGGGGUUGUGACUCAGGGGGCGUGGUCUAUUCUGACUCAAAUGAUGGUGACAGAGUUCUCCGUAACCAUUAGCGAUGAAGGUCACUCCUGGUCCAACGUGGUUGACGAGGAAUCGCAAAGAGAGAAGAUGUUCUUGGGGAACAGUGAGCCAGAUGAGGAGAUGCUGAACCUCUUUGAUCCUCCUCUGUUUGCCCGCUUCAUACGGAUCCACCCCAGAGGCUGGGUCAACGACAUAGCCCUGCGCUUGGAGUUCGUGGGCUGUGACACCCAGCAGCGUCUCUGAGAAACAGAGACAGGGCAGGGGACCCCACUGUGCAGCUCCACACUCAGGCCCACCUCAUCGUCAUCUCUUCCCUAGAGAAUAUUUAAUGAGCAUAUCAGUGAUGUAAUGAUCAUGAAAUAGUCAUGUCAUUGAUGGAUGAACAGAGUAAGUGAAUCUAGGUAAAAGGUUUGUUUAGCUAGGUUCACGGUUAUAUAUGAUAUUAUUUAUAUGAUAUACUGUUGUAACUGUCUAUUGAUGAGCUUCAGCUGAGAACAGUUUGUUCGUCUCAUUUACAAUGUAUACUGCUACUAACACUAUGACUUCUGACAUUCCAGCUGUGAUCAACCACAUGUAAAUAGUACAAUAUAAUUAUUAUUUUCUGUCUGGAUGGAUGUAUGUACAGUAUACUGUAUAGUACUGUACAUGCAAUAUAUCAUAUGCACUGAGGGGAGGGGGAUUGAGUUUAUAUUGUUAAAUAAACAGAGGUCGCUGUU